CGCUGGAGCCGGAACCCGGCGACGCGCGCCAAUCCUGCUUGUAGUAUGGCUCUCCGGCCGCAGAGGACUUUCAGGCGGCGCCAGGUCGAGUCCAGCGAUAGCGACGGCGACGGCGCGGAGGAGCGGCCUGCUGAGGUGCCGGCGGACGCAGGCCGGCCGUCUGCAGGCGGCAGAGCAGAGGGAGCGGAGCCGCCGCGCAGGGCCCGUGGUAACCGGGGCCGAGGUCGGGUGUGGGCGAGCUCCCGGCGCAGCCCCGGAACUGCUUCCCGCAGGGACCGCGGUGCAGUUAUCUUCUUAGAAUCUGGGACAGUUGACCUCUCAACAGAUGAAGAGGAAGAAGCACAUCCCUCGUCGGAAAGUAAGGAUGAUCAGAGUCCAGCCUCCCAUAGCUCUAGUUCUCUGGAAGAAAAAGAAGUUUCACCCAUAGUUAAGAUCCCUGAUGCAGCUUUUAUCCAGGAAGCACGCAGAAAACGUGAGUUGGCCAGGACCCCUGGUGACUACAUUUCACUGGAUGUAAACCAUCCCUCUACCACGUGUGACAAUAAGAGAAGCAAUGAAGAGGACCCAGAGAGUGACCCUGAUGACUAUGAAAAGAGAAUACUGUUUGCCCCAAAGCCUCAAACACUCAGACAAAGAAUGGCUGAAGAAACAUCAUUCAGAAAUGAAGAAGAGAGCGAAGACAGUCAGGAAGAUGAAAAUCAAGACAUUUGGGAACAACAACAAAUGAGGAAAGCAGUCAAGAUCAGAGAGGGACAAAACAUAGACCUUUCCCCAAAGAGUGACUCUCAAACAUUGAAGAAGUUUGAUACUUCCAUUUCAUUUCCACCAGUAAAUUUGGAAAUUAUAAAGAAACAAUUAAAUAAUAGAUUAACAUUACUACAGGAUACUCAUCGCUCGCACCAGAGAGAAUAUGAAAAAUAUAUAGAAGACAUCAAGAGUUCAAAGACUGCAAUCCAGAACCUGGAGAAUGCAUCUGAUCAAACUCUAAACUACAAAUUCUACAAAGGCAUGAAAAUUUAUGUGGAAAAUAUAAUCGAUUGUCUAAAUGAAAAGAUUGUCAUAAUUGAGGAACUAGAGUCAUCCACGUACACGUUGCUUUUUAAACAAUCAGAAGCACUUUUGAAACGCAGGCAAGACGAGUUAAAAUGUGAAUCAUCCUAUUUGCAACAGUUAUCACGCAAAGCUGAGACAUCAGUAAAUGGAAGCUUGGCUCCAGAUGAAAAGGAUCAACGGAUUUUAGAGGAGAUUGAAGCUCGAAGGAUGCAGAGAAGACAAGCAAGGGCGCUCUCUGGCAACUGUGACCAUCAGGAGGGGACUUCUAGUGACGAUGAGCUAGCUCCUGCUGAGAUGACCAACUUCCAAAAACGCCAAGGUGACAUUUUACAAGAUUGUAAGAGAGUUUUUGAAGAUGUGCAUGAUGAUUUUUGUAACGUCCAGAAUAUUUUAUUGAAAUUUCAGCAGUGGCGAGAAAAGUUUCCUGAUUCCUACUACGAAGCCUUCGUUGGUUUCUGCUUACCAAAGCUUUUAAGUCCCCUGAUACGAGUUCAGUUGCUUGAUUGGAAUCCUCUGAAGUUGGACUCCAUGGCUCUAAACCAGAUGCCCUGGUUCACAUCCAUCACAGAGUUUAUGGAUGGCAGCUCAGAAGACCCAAGGGAGGAGGAUGGUUCCGAUAAAAAAAUGUUGUCUGCUGUCAUCAACAAGACAGUUGUUCCUCGCCUUGCAGAUUUUGUAGAGUUUAUUUGGGAUCCAAUGUCAACCUCACAGACAAGAAGUUUAACUGUGCACUGCAGACUGCUUUUUGAACAGUUGGCUUCUGAAAAUGAAGUUAGUAAAAGCAAACAGGAUUUGCUUAAAUCUGUUGUUGGAAGAAUUAAGAAAUCAAUAGAAGAUGAUGUUUUUAUUCCUCUAUAUCCAAAGAGUUCUGAAGAAGGAAAAAUGUCACCACAUUCAAAGUUCCAAGAAAGACAGUUCUGGGGCGCUUUAAAGCUCUUCCGCAAUAUCCUUCUUUGGAAUGGGCUUCUCUCAGAUGAUACCUUGCAAGAUCUAGGACUGGGGAAGCUGCUGAAUCGCUAUCUUAUUAUUGCUCUUACGAAUGCCAUCCCUGGACCAGAUGCUGUUAAAAAGUGCAGCCAGAUAGCAGCUUGUCUACCAGAAAAAUGGUUUGAGAACUCUGCUAUGAGGACAUCCAUUCCCCAACUAGAAAACUUCAUUCAGUUUUUGUUGCAGUCUGCACAUAAAUUGUCCACAGGUGAAUUCAGGAAUGAAGUCAAUGAAAUAAUUCUUAUCCUGGUUAAGGUAAAAGCUUUGAAUCAAGCGGAGUCCCUCAGAGAGGAGCAUCACCUGGAGCCCCCCAUAUCCCCAAUUUCAGGCGUUUGAGUGCACGAUAGGAGAUGUUGAGUCAUUGAUAAAAGUACUCAGUUCCUUUGCUUGUGUGCAGCUGGUACCUCUUCCCUUCCUCUGCCCACCUUUGGUGUCCUGAAAGGCUGUCCUUCUGGAGCUGUGUGACUGAGGGUGUUACGUGCACAACAGCAGUAAUCCUUUCUCAAUCUGAGAAGGAACUGAAGAAAUCGGAUACACAGAAGCAUAUCCAGUCAAACCCAGCUUUGGCUGUCUUAAAAUUCCCACUGCUUACAGAUCAGCUAAUGAGGAAAUCCUGGAGUUAUGAAAUGAUUAACAGUUUUUAUAACAAAUUGUCCUUCCAAAAUCUGUACUGGGUGAUUGUAUGAGCUCAGUGAAAGAGUGCCAGUGAGUCUCCAGAUUUGUAAUUCAUUGUUAAUUUAUUAAGAAAAAAACCUUUUUUAAAAAAGC